AUGUGCACUGUCGUGAAGAGGAUCAGUCCUAGUUUGGCUUACUUAGAGCAGAUCAGGCAGCACAUGGCCAGGCUUCCGUCCAUAGACCCGAACACCCGUACUGUGCUGAUUUGUGGAUAUCCAAAUGUGGGGAAGAGUUCUUUCAUGAACAAGGUUACAAGGGCAGAUGUGGAUGUCCAGCCGUAUGCCUUUACAACAAAAUCCCUGUUUGUUGGUCAUACAGAUUACAAGUACCUGCGCUACCAAGUGAUUGACACACCAGGUAUACUUGAUCGGCCUUUUGAAGAUAGGAACAUCAUAGAAAUGUGCAGCAUCACUGCUCUGGCACACUUGAGGGCUGCGGUGUUGUUCUUUCUGGACAUCUCUGGAUCUUGUGGAUACAGUAUUGCUCAGCAAGCUGCACUCUUCCACAGUAUAAAGUCUCUGUUCAUGAAUAAGCCUUUGGUCAUUGUGUGCAACAAGACUGACUUGCAGCCACUUGAAGGACUUUCUGAGGAUGACAUGAAGCUAGUCAUGGAGAUGAAGGCAGAGGCUAUGAAGACUAUAACCGAAGCUGGUGGUCCUAAUGAAGAGGGUGUUUUGUUGACUAUGAGCACUUUAACUGAUGAUGGUGUAAUGGCUGUCAAAAAUGCUGCAUGCGAGAGGCUGCUUGAACAGAGGGUGGAUGUGAAGAUGAAGUCAAAGAAGAUGAUGGAUUGUUUGAAUAGGUUUCAUGUUGCUGUUCCAAAGCCUCGUGACAACAAGGAGAGGCCUGUUUGCAUCCCUCAGGCUGUUCUGGAAGCUAGGGCGAAUGCUGCUGCAAAGGAAAAGAAGAAGCUUGAGAAGGACAUUGAGAAUGAGAAUGGAGGUGCUGGGGUCUAUUCUGCAAGUCUCAAGAAACAUUAUAUAUUGGCCAAUGAUGAAUGGAAGGAGGAUAUUCUUCCAGAGAUACUGGAUGGUCACAAUGUUGCCGAUUUUCUGGAUCCAGAUAUCCUAGUAAGGUGUGAAGAGUUGGAAAGAGAGGAAGGGCUUCGUCUGGAAGAACAAGCUGCAGAAGAUGCUUUCCAGAUUGAUGGUCAUGAACUAACUCAGGAACAGAAGGAGAUUUUGGCUCAGAUUAGGAAGAAGAAGGCAUUACUCAUCCAAGAACAUAGAAUGAAGAAGAGAACUGCAGAAAGCCGUCCUAUUGUCCCUAGAAAGUUUGACAAAGAUAGGAAAUUCACAACUGAUAGGAUGGGACGUCAGCUUUCCUCCAUGGGUGUGGAUCCUAGUGCUGCCAUGAAUAGAGCUCGCAGCCAGUCUAGGGGUCGCAAGCGUGAGAGGUCAGUGAGCAGAGCUGCAGCUGAUGGUGACGGUAUGGAGAUAGAUAGCCAGCAAUCCAACAAGAAACUGCGUCUGACAUCAAGGUCUAGGUCGAGGUCACGGGCUCCUGAGGAGGUCGUUCCUGGAGAAGGAUUCAAGGACUCUGAGCAGAAGAAGAAGGCUAUCAAGAAAGCGAAGGCCGCUACUAGGAACAGGAACAAGGAUGCUCGCCGUGGAGAGGCUGACCGCGUUAUUCCCACUUUGAAACCAAAGCAUCUGUUCUCUGGGAAACGCACUCUUGGAAAGACAAGCAGGCGAUAA